AUGUUCGCAAAACUCACCACAAAGAUAGCUCUCCGCAAGGCGGGAAUUCCAUCCAAUGCGCUUUCAGUCCCAGACUUCUCAAGCCAGCCAAAUGGCUCCAAAGACGGCAAUUCGAAUGCCGCGCUUCCAUUCGCAAACCCUUUCAAAGAUCUCCAGGUCCCAAAGGCUUUGAAAUCAUGGCAGACGCCACCGCCGCCUCCUGUAGAGGUAGCAGACUCGCCAAUUCUAGGGACUAGAGCACCGAAUUCGAUGAAGUUUCGAUUGCCAGCUGAGGAUGGAAGGAGCACGAUUGUGGUAUUUCUGAGACAUACUGGGUGUCCUUUCGCCGAAAAGAACUUCAUCGAGCUCCGUCGUAUAGCCAAUAAAUACCCACAACUACACUGCGUAGCCAUCUCGCACGCCUCAAAAGCAGCAACAGAUCGAUGGCUCACGCAGAUUGGUGGAGCUUGGGCAGUCAAGGUCGUGGUCGAUGAGGAGAGGGAGGUGUAUGCUAGUUGGGGACUGGGCGUUAGUACGACGUACCAUUUGUUGAAUCCGUGGACGCAGGUCGCGAUUAGGAAGCUGGGUACGAAUGAGAAUAUUUGGGCGAGAGAGGUGGAUCCUAGUGCGAAUAGGUGGCAGGUUGGUGGGUGUUGGGCGACGGAUGAGAUGGGUUCGGUACGAUGGGGUGCUGCAAGCCGGACGGCCGAUGAGGUUCCAGAUCUGGUUGAAGGGUGCAAAGUCCUAGGAUUCUAUUAA